AUGGAAACACUCGACUUAAGUUGCAAUGAUCAGCUGAAUGGUUAUUUUUCAAAGAUCAAAUGGAAUAGCAGUGCAUCUCUCAAGCAUUUGGAUCUCGUAGGAGUAAAUUUUUCUGGUAAUUACCUGCUUGAAUCUCUUGGCUAUUUAACUUCGUUGCAGAGAUUGAUCAGCAAAGCAGCUGCAGACUUUGGAUCCUUCCAAAUAUCAAGAUUCAACGAAGAAUUCCUGAUUGGCUAUUUUUUAAAUCUCUCCCGCAAUCAUCUUGAAAGAUGCAUUCCAAAACGGCCUCAAUUUGCUACAUAUGAGAACAAUUCAUAUGAAGGCAAUGAUGGAUUGCGUGGAUUUCUAGUUUCGGGAGGUUGUGGAAGUAACUUGAUACCAAAGAAAAACAACAAAACUUUUGUGCCGAAUGAAGAAGGUGAUUCUACAUUUCUAAAUGAGCUGUGUUGGGAAGUGGUUCUGAUGAGAUAUGGUUGUGGACUGAUUAUUGGAUUCUCCAUAGCAUACGUCAUGCUUUCUUAUCAAAAACCAAAUUGGCUUUCUAGGAUAGCUGAAGAGUUAGAAUACAUAAUUAGUAUGAGAAAUCGAAAGAAGCCGCGAGAAUAG